CGUUUCUAUUCCAACUUCCAAUUUAUUAUUCAUUUUCAAAUUUAAGCAGUUUACCAUGUGGGUGGAGAUCAUCUGUGGAUUUAUCUUUUACCGCUUGUUCCGCCGCUUCUUCUACGGCUCCGACGACGUUUUGGGCUUGGAAACCUCUGAUUUCAAUGCCAUUUUCUCCGUCGCUAAUAGAGAAGCAGCGGUUAUUUCUGUCAAGAAUCUAGCAGGCUUCGUUUCUGUAAAUGAGGAUGGUAGCUGGACUACUGAUGGUGGCAGUACAAGGGCUGUGUGUCAUCCUGAUCCUGUUUCAGAGGCUAAAGAACAAGCUUCAGUACUUGAAUCAUAUAUUGAACAAAGGGGAGUUCGUGUACCAAAAUGAUAUUUUUCGUACAAAGCUGUAAUUCCGAAUCCGGAAUUCCAGUAUUUACUGAAUAACUCCCCCCCUUUUUUAAAGGAAAAUCCUUAUAAGACUGUACUAAAUAGAUUUCAUUUGCAGUACCUUUUACAAAAAUUUUCCAUCCGAGGUUAUUACUUAUGACUAGUGGGUGCAAUUAAAACCAGAACCAAAAAGUAUUUUUCCUGGAUGGAUUAAAAGUGCCUUUCGUGGUGGGAAGGAGGAGUUGCAGGAAUCUUUUCAUGAACAACUAAACUUUUUUCUCAGCACAGCUCC